GAGAGCACGAGAGAGAGAGCGCGAGAGAGGGUGCGAGAGAGAGGGCGCGAGAGAGCUCUUUGGAUGACUAUUGUUGACUUGUCACAACUUAAACAGUUUCUGUCUCCUCAAAUGUUCCUGAGUUUAGUUUUGUUCUGUUUCAGAUACAAUCCUAGUAAGCUAGAAUUUAAGUUUUAGACUGCUGAAAAUCAAGAUAAUCGAAGGUCUGUCUGAGACGUAGAGAAAAUGAACAGAGAUGGCGUUUAUGGCGGGCUUGUCUUCCUCCUCCUCAUCAUGACUUCUGUGGAGGGUGGAGGAGAUGUGUCAUUCUGGAGAACUACAGUCACAUUGACCUGUCCUGAUAAAGGAGAUUGGUAUGACAACACUAUCAAAAUGAACGAGGAAGAAAGUAAAGAAAUCAAAAUGGAUUAUGAUGAAAGCAAGAAAAAUGUUUACCAAUGUAAAUAUCUGUAUGAUCAGUAUGAUACUGAAAAAACAACCUAUCAGUUUUACUUUAAAGGAAAGGUGUGUAAGGACUGCUAUGAGCUGAAUCCGACUGUGGUUGCCGGGGCCAUCAUUGGGGACCUGCUGGUGACAGGAGGGGUCAUCCUCAUUGUGUAUCUCAGGGCUCGGAAGAAGUCUGGACCUGCUGCACCCCAAAAACCCACUUCCCGCUCAGCAGGCCGUGGCCCACCAGUGGUGCCAAGUCCUGACUAUGAGCCCCUUAGUGUGGCAACCCGCAGCAGCGAUAUCUACGCAACUACGCAGACAUCUACCCAGAGGACUGGGUAGACUGUCCUCUCACCAGACCACACCUGUUCUCUAGGACUCCUCUAGGACACCAGCAGACCUCAGCUCACCCUGCCAUCAAAGAGGAGGGGAGAAGGCUCUGUAGUGCUUAGCUUAGACAUAAAUUUGCUUUUUAUUUUUGCUUGAUGUGUAAAAUAUGUGAUAUUAUGAUUUAGUUAAAACUGUAGUUUAGAAUUACUGUAACUAGUGAUAAUAGUGAUUAAUGUAGUGUUGCUCUGGAAAAUAGAGAUAUAAAGAUAGGGAGAUCUUUGUAAAGACUUUUAGAUGUUUGCUGUACUGAAAACAACUUGUACAUAGCUGUGUUGAUCAACUGUUGUAAAAUUAU